UAGGAAAUCCUAUCAGAUUUUGCUCACAUGACACCUUCACAAAAUAAAAGGGGCAAAGUGAAAUUUUCAAAAACUUUAGAGGUGGAGAAGAAAUUAUUCGAAAUGUAUCACUUGGUAAAUUUAGUAAGCUCCGACCGAGGCUUUGUGAGACCGUCGUCUAACCAACUGUCUGAACUCUGAACUUCGGCGACACAACAAAGAUGAUCGAAACAUGGAUGAAAAAACACGCGCCGCUAUACACGGCGGCGACUCGACACCCUUUCAUCCUCAGCAUCCGUGAUGGCUCUGUUGAUCUCUCUGCUUUCAAACGUUGGCUGGGGCAGGAUUAUCUUUUCGUGAGAGCAUUUGUGCCCUUUGUAGCAAGUGUAUUGCUGAAAGCUUGCAAGGAGUCAGAUGAAGGCUCUGAUAUGGAGGUCAUUUUAGGCGGUAUGGCUUCCUUAAAUGAUGAAAUAUCAUGGUUUAAGGCAGAAGCUUCCAAGUGGAAUGUUCCAUUGACCACUCUCCUUCCUCAGAAGGCCAAUCACGAUUACUGCAGUUUCUUAGAGAGCCUAAUAAGCCCAGAAGUUGAAUAUACAGUGGCUGUUACCGCUUUCUGGGCUAUUGAAGCUGUCUAUCAAGAAAGCUUUGCCCACUGUCUGCAAGAAGGCUCUAAAACCCGAGAAGAUCUAAGGGAGACCUGUGAAAGAUGGGGCAAUGAUGGUUUUGGUCAAUAUUGUAAGUCCCUUCAAUCUAUUGCAAAUCGCUGUCUGCUCAAGGCACCAGAUAAUGGCGUCGUCUCUAGAGCUGAACGUGUAGUUUUACGCGUUCUGGAGCUUGAAGUUGAGUUCUGGAACAUGAGCCUCGAGGAAAUCUGAUCACAAUUUAGACAUCUCUUGUGCAAAACAUGUAUUAGAGUGAUAACAACCGGUCUCAUUUCACAUGUCUUGUUUACUAUUUAUUAAUCAAACAAUUCUAUCUUUUUCUUA